UCAAUUCAGUGGUCUAUCUAUUGGUUGCAAACCUUCUCUCAUGAGUGGAAAACAGGAUAGGGAGAAAGAAAAGAAGAGAGAAAGUUUUGCAGAGAAUAGUAACAUAUGCACUAAAAAAGUCAAAAGGCCAGUGAUACCUUUUCCAGUUUCAAGCCCAAACAACCAACCGCCCCUUUAUUGAGUAUAAUCCAACACAUUCAAAAGGAGGGAAAAUGGAUAGUGGGAACUUAACAAGAAGCAUCAGUAGAAGCUUAAGCAGGUCAAGUUGGGGAAUGGAGGGAGUGUUUGCGAGUGGGAGGUAUUCAAGAAGGACUUCAAAUGUUGAUGAAGAUGAAGAGGCUCUCAAGUGGGCUGCCAUAGAGAAAUUGCCCACUUAUGAUAGGCUAAGAACAAGUAUCCUUCAAACUUAUGCUGAGGGUGAUCUUCCUACCCCUUUACAACACAAGGAAGUCGAUGUUCGAAAGUUAGACAUGAAUGAAAGGCAACAGUUCAUUGACAAAGUCUUCAAGGUUGCUGAAGAAGACAAUGAAAAGUACUUGCGAAAGUUCAGAAACCGAAUUGAAAAGGUUGGUAUCCGACUCCCAACAGUGGAAGUGAGGUUUCAAAAUUUGACUGUUGAGGCUGAUUCCCACGUUGGCAGCAGAGCUCUGCCCACCCUACCAAACGUUGCAUUGAACAUUGUUGAAUCAGGCCUUAGCUUGUGUGGGAUCACUACUGCCAAGAGAAGAAAUCUCACAAUUCUUAAAAAUGUCUCUGGCAUUAUUAAGCCUUCAAGGAUGGCCCUUUUGCUAGGACCCCCUUCUUCUGGGAAAACGACCCUUUUGUUGGCAUUGGCUGGAAAAUUGGAUAGUGACUUGAGGGUUAAUGGAGAAAUAACUUACAACGGGUACAAGUUUAAUGAGUUUGUCCCUAGAAAGACUUCAGCCUACAUCAGCCAAAAUGAUGUACAUCUGGGAGAAAUGACUGUAAAAGAAACCUUGGAUUUCUCAGCUAGAUGCCAAGGAGUUGGCACACGAUAUGACCUAUUGGCCGAGCUUGCUCGAAGGGAAAAGGAAGCUGGCAUAUUUCCAGAGGCAGAACUUGACCUCUUCAUGAAGGCUACUGCAAUGGAAGGAACAGAAAGCAGUCUCAUUACUGACUACACUCUAAAAAUAUUGGGACUUGAUAUUUGCAAAGAUACUAUUGUGGGCGAUGACAUGCAGAGAGGUGUAUCUGGUGGCCAAAAGAAGCGUGUAACAACAGGGGAAAUGAUUGUUGGGCCCACGAAAACACUGUUCAUGGAUGAGAUAUCAACGGGCCUUGAUAGUUCUACAACGUAUCAAAUAGUAAAAUGCUUCCAACAAAUUGUGCACCUCACUGAAGCAACCAUAUUCAUGUCCCUACUCCAACCUGCUCCAGAGACGUUUGAUCUUUUUGAUGAUAUAAUCUUAAUAUCUGAGGGGCAAAUAGUUUAUCAGGGCCCACGUGAGCACAUCCUUGAGUUCUUUGAAUCCUGUGGAUUUAGAUGCCCUGACAGAAAAGGAACUGCGGAUUUCUUGCAAGAGGUUACUUCAAGGAAAGAUCAAGAACAAUAUUGGGCAAAUAGAAACCUACCAUAUCGUUAUGUUACAGUGAGCGAAUUUGCAAACAGGUUCAAGCACUUUCAUGUUGGAUCGCAGCUUGAGCAAGAGCUUUCUGUGGCAUUUGACAAAUCAACAGGACAUAGAGCAGCUCUUGUUUUCAAGAAAUACACAGUACCCACAACGGGACUUCUUAAAGCAUGUUGGGACAAGGAAUGGUUGCUAAUCAAGAGAAACUCUUUUGUCUAUAUAUUCAAGACAGUUCAAAUAUGCAUUAUUGCUGUCAUAACCGCAACUGUGUUCUUUAGGACCAAAAUGCAUCGAAGGAAUGAGGAUGAUGCAGCUCUUUACAUAGGUGCAAUAUUAUUUAGCAUGAUUAUGAACACAUUCAAUGGUUUUUCUGAGCUACCCCUCACAAUUGCAAGGCUUCCCGUAUUCUACAAGCAUAGAGACCACCUUUUCCAUCCUCCUUGGACUUACACCCUUUCAAAUUUUUUACUUCGGAUUCCUUUCUCUAUAUUUGAGGCUAUUGUUUGGGUGCUUAUUACGUACUACACAGUAGGAUUAGCACCUGAAGCUAGUAGGUUCUUCAAACACUUGUUGCUAGUAUUUCUUGUCCAACAAAUGGCAGCUGGUAUGUUUAGGGUUAUAUCUGGAGUUUGUAGGACAAUGAUCAUUGCUAACACGGGUGGAGCCCUUAUGCUUCUUCUUGUGUUUUUACUUGGAGGUUUCAUCCUUCAUAAAAAUGACAUUCCACAUUGGUGGAUAUGGGGUUACUGGGUUUCGCCAUUAUCAUACGCAUUCAAUGCUUUUGCUGUGAAUGAACUGUUUGCUCCAAGGUGGAGCAAACCGUCCUCGGAUGGUACAACCACAUUGGGUUUGGCUACGUUGCAUAACUUCGAUGUUUUUAGGGAAAAACGAUGGUACUGGAUUGGUGCAGGUGUUCUUUUGGGUUUCACUAUUUUGUUCAAUGUUCUUUUCACCUUUGCGCUUAUGUACCUUAAUCCUAUUGCAAAAAAACAAGCAAUUAUAUCUGAAGAAGAAGCAAAUGAAAUGGAUGAUAUUGGAGGACACUCAAAGGAAGAACCCAGACUUGUAAGGCCAGAUCCCAAUAGAGAGUUGGCCUUUGAAUCAUCUUUUGCUGAUGGAAACAACACAAGAGAAGUGGCAAUGCAACGAAUGAGCAGUCAAGGUAAUCCUAGCGGAAUAAGAAGUCCUAAUCCAGCGCUUGAGUCAUCAACUAGAGUUGCACCCAAGAGAGGAAUGGUUCUACCUUUUCAACCACUUGCAAUGUCUUUUGACAGUGUUAAUUACUAUGUGGACAUGCCUGCAGAAAUGAAGGAGCAAGGAGUAACAGAAGAUAGACUACAAUUACUUAGGGAAGUAACUAGUGCCUUUAGGCCUGGAGUUCUAACUGCUCUAAUGGGAGUUAGUGGAGCUGGAAAGACAACUUUGAUGGAUGUUUUAGCAGGAAGAAAAACUGGCGGGUACAUUGAAGGAGAUAUUAGAAUUUCUGGAUACCCUAAGAAUCAAGAAACCUUUGCAAGAAUUUCUGGCUAUUGUGAGCAAACUGAUAUUCAUUCACCACAAGUUACUGUUAGAGAAUCUUUAAUAUAUUCAGCUUUCCUUCGGUUACCAAGAGAAGUCAAUAGUGAAGAAAAAAUGAAAUUUGUGGAUGAAGUAAUGGAGUUGGUUGAGUUGAAUAAUCUUAGAGAUGCUAUAGUUGGUCUUCCGGGUGUUACAGGGUUGUCAACUGAACAGAGAAAAAGGCUAACAAUUGCUGUUGAGCUUGUUGCUAAUCCUUCAAUCAUUUUUAUGGACGAACCCACUUCAGGUCUCGAUGCUAGAGCAGCAGCAAUUGUUAUGAGGACCGUAAGAAACACUGUUGACACUGGAAGAACAGUUGUUUGCACAAUUCACCAGCCUAGUAUUGAUAUCUUCGAAGCUUUUGAUGAGUUACUGUUGAUGAAGAGAGGAGGACAAGUGAUAUACUCAGGACCAUUAGGAAGGAAUUCUCACAAGAUUAUAGAAUAUUUUGAGGCAAUCCCAGGGGUCUCAAAAAUUAAGGAUAAGUACAACCCAGCAACAUGGAUGUUAGAGGUGAGCUCCAUAGCGGCUGAAGUUCGGCUUGGAAUGGACUUUGCUGAAUACUACAAAUCAUCUUCUUUGUACCAGAGAAAUAAAGCUCUUAUAAGAGAGUUAAGCACACCUCCUGCAGGAGCAAAAGACUUGUAUUUCCCCACUCAGUACUCUCAAUCCACUUGGGAACAAUUCAAAUCUUGUCUGUGGAAGCAAUGGUUGACUUAUUGGAGGAGUCCAGAUUAUAACCUUGUUAGAUGUUUCUUCACCUUGGCUGCAGCUCUCAUGGUAGGGACAAUAUUUUGGAGGGUUGGCAAGAAAAGGGAAAACUCAAGUGAUCUAAAUACUAUUAUUGGAGCACUGUAUGGUUCUGUGUUUUUUGUUGGUGUUAACAAUUGCCAAACUGUUCAACCAGUCGUAGCCAUUGAGAGAACAGUAUUCUAUCGUGAAAGGGCUGCUGGAAUGUAUUCUGCUUUACCUUAUGCCCUUGCACAGGUUGUUGUUGAAAUCCCAUAUGUGUUUUCUGAAACUAUAUAUUUCGCAUUCAUAGUGUAUGCUAUGGUGAGCUUCGAAUGGAAAGUUGCCAAAUUCUUCUGGUUCUUCUUUAUCAGUUUUUUCUCCUUCUUGUAUUUCACAUAUUAUGGGAUGAUGACCGUUUCUAUUACACCAAACCACCAAGUGGCAUCAAUCUUAGGGGCAGCAUUUUAUGGACUCUUUAAUCUUUUCUCUGGUUUCUUUAUUCCAAGACCAAAAAUUCCUAAAUGGUGGGUUUGGUAUUACUGGAUUUGUCCUGUAGCAUGGACAGUUUAUGGAUUAAUUGUCUCACAGUAUAGAGAUGUUACGGUCCGCAUUAGUGUGCCUGGCUUGGAUAAUCAAACUAUUCCUAUUAAGCAAUAUAUCGAAGAUCAUUACGGGUUUAAACCAGACUUUAUGGGGCCAGUUGCUGCUGUUUUGGUUGGUUUCACUGUCUUCUUUGCUUUUGUAUUUGCCUUCUGCAUCAAAGUACUCAACUUCCAAACAAGAUAAAAAUGAAGAAAAGGGUAAAUUAGUGAAAUAUGGAGUUCUAUUCUUACAAGUUUUUCUAGUGAAUGCACCUUAUGUAUCUGUAUAUCUAAGGAUAGAAAAAUUUAUAUUUGAUUAUAAACCACCAUGAUAGUUUUGUUAGCAAGUCUUGAGGGUCAUUUAGUAUAUAUAAAUCAUGUUGAUUUAUGUAGUCAAUUUUGCAACAAUUAUCUCGUUACCAUUGCUAUCAUUAUAUUUUUUGCUAUUUUAAAAGUAAUUUAAUCCUUUUCAUUCUUAUUAACCCUUUGAAUGUGACUAAUAAGCAUUACAAUUAUCUUUUAUCAUGGUUUGUUUUCUUUUACACAUGCGUUUUCCCUUUUUGUUAAAUAAUUAUUGCCUUUCCAAAAAUUAUUAGUAUUCCCCACCAUGUUACAUGCGUAUGUAGAAGUAGUAAGAAUAUUUUUAUCCAAAUUUUCUUGACCUUGAGAUUAUGAAAAGUUAGUGAAACUACCUUACCUUCUAUGAACAUUUAUUAUAAUUAGGCAGUACAUUC